AGAGAGAAAGACGGAAGCGAGGCGCGGCGAAAGAAGAGAGCGAGAGACAGUUGGGAGGGUUAGAUGAUAGGGGAGGGAGUACGUUUCGAUAGAGCGAGCGUGAACGCAGAGACGACGAGGAAUCCGGAAUAGGUACGACGACCGAAGGGAGAGAGACAGACAGAGAGAGAGAGAGAGAGAGAGAAAAAAGGAACGGGUGGUGUUUUUCGUGCGCAGCUCUCUGGUGUCAGUCGCGAAGACAGGUCAGGAUGGAUGAGUGCAUGCUGAACGACUUGUUAGAGUGUUCGGUAUGCCUCGAGCGGCUCGACACGUCCAGCAAGGUGUUGCCCUGCCAACACACGUUCUGCAAGAAGUGCCUGGAAGAGAUCGUGAGCACCCACCGUGAGCUACGUUGUCCAGAAUGUCGGGUGCUGGUGGAUGCCAAGGUGGAUGACCUGCCGCCUAAUGUGCUGUUGAUGCGUAUCCUCGAGGGGAUGCGUAAUGCCGCGCCGAAGAGCGCAAAGUCGUCGUCCUUAUCCUCGUCGAGAUCUGCCACUGCCGCACCACAGAGGCUGUUCGGCGGUCACCAGGUUGCACCAGCAUCCAUAGUCACAGCUAAUCUUGCUCCUGUCACUGUUGCUUCUGAGCCAGUACGACAUUCUAAUGCGAUUGCUAAGCAGACACAUCUGCACAAUCAGGCUUAUGGCAGAGCAAUCUAUGACUAUGUCUCUAAGGUACCAGGCGAUCUAAGUUUUAAAAAAGGUGACAUAGUGAUCCUCCGAAAGAAGAUCGAUAACAAUUGGUACUUUGGGGAAUGCGGCAACAAUCACGGCGUCUUUCCUCUAUCUUAUGUUCAGGUGAUGACACCUCUGACACCACAUGUACCCCAAUGUAAAGCACUGUACGACUUUAGAAUGACAAAUGACGAUGAGGAUGGAUGUCUAACUUUUAACAAGGGGGAAGUAAUCAGUGUUAUCAGAAGAGUAGAUGAAAACUGGGCGGAGGGUAAGCUUUUUGACAGGAUUGGUAUAUUUCCAUUAGCCUUCGUGGAGCUGAACAGUGUCGCUCGAGCCUUGAUGAAACUCUCCACUAAUGUACAGCCAGGACCGUCGAGAGUAGCUCCACCCACGCCGACGAACGAAGAACCGACGCCACUGAUACCAACCGACCAUUCACGUAACGUGCAAACGACGAGCCAACCGCGACCGCAACUAGCGCAGACCACCGCGUUACCGGUGUCCGAUACUGUCUCAAACGUCUCGUCAGGCGGUAGUUCCACGACCACCACACCGAACACACCCAAUAGCUCGACCACGUCCAGCAGUUCCAGCACUGCUCCGAGCAGUCCAGGCAGCCCGGCGAUGUCACCGCCUGCGGUCGGCAAUCGACAUAAUGUUAAGCGCCAUAGUUUCACUGCCGUCAAUACAGGUCAUCAUGCUCAUCCCCAUCAUAGACAUAGCGCUGAAAUACUUAGUCCUCCGGUAGACAGUGCCUCUAAUAACGCCAAUAAUAGCGGAGGCAAUGAAUCGUUUUCUCCUUUACAAACCAGUAGUACCUGCACCGACCACAACCUUCGUCACAGACGAAGUGGCAGCAGUGAUCUCGUUCUCGCCCAGCCGUCGCAGAGCGUGCCCGCUAAUCAGACUUCCGGAUCCGGUGCGUCGCAUCUACCAGCAGCGUACAUAGCGCUCUAUCCGUACAAGCCCCAAAAAGCGGACGAGCUUGAGCUGCGGAAGGGCGGGAUUUACAUGGUAACGGAACGUUGUCAGGACGGCUGGUUCAAAGGGACGUCCAAUCGUACGCAGAAGUGCGGAGUCUUCCCGGGAAACUACGUUGCACCCGCCAAAUAUCAACGUGGAAUAUGCCGCGGAUCUCCGAAUUCGCCGAGCCAGCACCAGGGCUCACCAUUGUCAUCGAACGCGUCCAAUGCCGAAUCACGCUUGGCUAUGACGUACACGAAGAGCAAAGGCCCCGCACCGCAACCGUACAAUCCUCGCGCUUUACCGCCGCCUGAACUGCCGCCGCGCGCCAUUAGUCCGUCGACGACCGUGUCUUCGUCUUGGCAUGGCGGUGGCGUUGGUCAACCGGAACAAGGACCGAAUCAGGAAACCAGUCCGCCCCGGCACAACGAUCAGAAUGCGGCCGCCAAUCCGCUCGGGCGCAGUCACAGCGCAGUGAUGACGUCGAAUAUCCCUUCUCCCGGCAAACAAGUUGCAAUGCCGUCGUCGCUGCAGCCGACAGCGGGUAUCAACGGUGCUAAUAAUGGCUGCGCCAGCGCCGCUAUUUCCGUUCCUUCUUCUUCCGCGAGCGAUAUGAACAGGAGCCCGAACAACACUUUGCGCGUGACGAGCGGUAUCGCGCCAUCUAACCCGCCGGUGACCGCAUGCAGGAUUGUGGAGAAGCCGAAGGAGAAGAAGGACAAGUGCGUUUCCUUGAUGCGACGUCUGACCAUUAUCAAGAAGUCCAAGUCGCCACCGCCCGCCACGUAUUCAAUGGACAAUCCCGUAUUCGACGACGGUAACUCCGUUAACCCGAUGCAUGUCCGAUCGGGGUCCUGCCCAAGUCAGUUGCUGCAGGUGGUACCUACGCAAGAAUUAAACGCUUCAAACAGCCAAUACCGCUUAUGCCCGGGCUCUGUGCAAGGGCACGCUACAUCCUCACAGAGACUGAAAUGCAAGGAGAGACCCUCUCUACAACUGUCGGUAGCGCAGAGAUCUGGUGAAUCUGGCGCUAUGGUGUGUCCGACGGUCGGGAACCAUCAUCGCAAGAGUAAUUCUUUAGACGCCGGAAUGGGGAAACAGACGAAGCAGCAGUCAUCACGCGAUCGCGAUCGGGUGUACAGAUUCCGUUGUAUCGUGCCGUAUCCACCCAACAGCGAAUUCGAGCUGGAGCUUCGCGUGGGCGACAUAAUAUACGUGCACAAGAAGCGCGACGACGGCUGGUACAAGGGCACGCAGCAACGCACCGGCCGUACCGGGCUGUUUCCGGCGAGUUUCGUGGAAGCUUUCUGAGACCCGACGCAAAGUCGCCUAGUAUUAGAAACGUGUAUAUAACUUAACGCCUUUUUCUGCGUAAGUACCGUACCACAUAUAUUAUAGGCGAUAUCCUCGAGGCGGCAUUACCGAAGUUCGUGUGCAUACACGCGCGCGGCAUGUAUCACCACGUGUUUUAUUGCUGGUUUCCCUUCGCUGGGGAUGUAUCGGAGUUUCAAAGUGCGAUCAUGCGACGGCGUGAUGUACUUUUUAUUCCGAGACGUGCAAUGUAACGUGGAAGAAAGCCUAGUUUGCGUCGGCGAAGGACCAGGAACGAAAUACCAUCACCACCACCUCCGCACGAACUUAACAGUAUAUCAGUAUAUACGUUAAGUGACUGAUCUAAGUUAAGUUGACGAACGUGUUUCUUCACACGGUUAGGGAGUUUUUAGUCGCGUGAUUCUAUUCCGUGUAUAUAGAAUACACACACGCGCGCGUAAUCUGCGCGGCAUACGAGAAUGUAGAAGCGACACGAGGAAAUAAGACAUGUAUAUGUUAUCUUGCGUACUGAAACUACUCCAAUCUCAUACUGCCAUCGUGAUAAUAUAGGCGAGUGUGUAAUCAUAAUGAGACAAAUAAGUUCAUUACAUUCGCGCGUGACACGUUACUGCCAUUCGCGAGAAAAACGAGAACGGAUACUGAUUUGUUUCUUAACCCUUUUAGUGCCGGGAUAUAUCGGCUCCUGCUACACCGGCGAGAAGUGCCAGAGCCGAUAUAUCGGCCCGC